ACGCCCGACUGCGAUACGCGCCAUGGGGUAGGGAAGACUGGUUCAUGACCGCGGCGUUGCCCUGUUUUACCGUGCUUUCAAUAGCAUGCAUUGCCUGUGCUUUCACUGGUGUUGGCGCCACAAAUGCAACACUGGCGCUGCCGCAAAAUGAAGGGUACCAGGAGAAGGGACUAUUCUGGUUCUUCAUGUUUGAGGUUUUUUACUGCGUCAACAUCAUUCCUGUCAAGCUGUCCAUCAGUCUAGCGCUCGUUCGCAUCGCCGAGAAUCGAAGAGCUUUUAUUUACGUGCAAUAUGGUGUCAUGGCAAUGUUCACUAUCAUGAAUCUCGUCGCCGGCUUUUACAUUAUCUUCCAUUGCAAUCCGGUCAGCGCGGCCUGGGACACAUCUGCCCUACAGAAUGGAGGGAAAUGUAACCCUGCGGAGUACCUGGCGGACAUUUAUUAUGCCACAACUGCGGUCAAUAUCUUCACGGAUUGGGUCACCGCUUUUAUGCCCAUACCGCUGCUCUGGAACGUUCAGUUAAACCGAAACACCAAGGUUUCUGUUGCAGUCUUGCUGGGGCUGGGCUUCUUUGCCUCCAUAUCCGCCUGUGUCCGCCUCAAAUACACCGUCAAUCUCACAGCCAGCGAGAACUACCUAUACGCUCUUGCCGACAUUGUGAUUUGGGGCUACGCCGAGAACGGCCUCGGCCUCAUUGUCGGCUGCGUAAUGACACUACGCCCGCUCUUUCGCAAGGCCUUGAACUUGGGCGGCGACACGUCAAACAAGAGAUCGGGCAUAAGCAGUGGCCGCUACGGUUUCCGCGGCAGCGAACGGCGCCCCUACCAGAAGUGCGAGAACGACUACGAGCUGAGGGUGCGUGGUGACGAAACGGGUGAUGGGCCCUCUACAAACGGGACGACCUUUACGCGGGUCCUUGGCGGGAAACGGGAAGAAGACCUGUCGAGCUUCGAGACGGAGAGUCAGAACAAAAUACUGAAGGCGGAUGAUGAGGUGUCCGGAGACCAUCAAGUUCCGCACAGCAUUGUAGUGACCAAACAUAUCAAGUUGUCACACGAGUUGGAAUAA